UAACUACUGAACACUAUCGACACCAAAUUUUUUUACUCAAGUGUUAAAAAAUAAAUAUUGAAAAUAUUUUGUAAAAAGAUUUGAAGUUAGAGAAGUUUUAGCUAUCUUAAAGCAAAAUAAUCUUUCGAUGAUAAAUUAUAUAAGUGUAAAACACAUUAAUUAAUAUAAUAAUUUUUUAAACUGAUCAUAUACUUCAAAUAAAAAUGUUCUCUUUAUCAAGUAUUAAUAAAAAUACGCUUGCAAUUAAACUGAAUUAUCUACUUUUUCAUGCCGGUACAGCUCCUAUAAUGGGUUUCUGUCCGACAAUAGCUAAGCAAUUGGGCUAUUCUCCACUAGUGGUUGGGUAUAUGUUAACUUAUUUACCAAUUUUAAGUAUGAUAACGAAGUCUUCUUUAGGAUUUAUUACUGACAAAUUUCCUGUAAAAAAAAUGUUUAAUUUACUUUCAAUAUUUUUUUGUGGACUUUCUAUAUUUGCACUGAUGUAUGUACCAAAGUUACCAUUAGAAACAUUAGCAAAGUUUAAUUGUAAUACACAAAAUACCACUAUAAGGAUUCAUUUAGACAAUAAUCAACUUAAUGUUUCAAAUACUGAAUAUUAUGAAGAGAAUAUGUGCAAUUUUAAUUGUGAUUCCAAUGAUUCUUUCAAUAAUGUGGUACAGAAAUCGUGGAAUUUAGAAUGUUGUUUUUUAAUCAAUAAUUUUAAUGCAUCUUUGAAAAAAAUGGAAAAGAUUGAAAAUGUUUACAAUUACUUUAUUACUUACGUUCAAAUCAAUGAAACAAAAGUUAUCAACCCUACCUGUGUAUAUUUGGUAGAAACUCAAUGUAAAAUUAGUUGUUAUGACUCGAUUACUAUGAAAAUUGUGACCCAAGCCACAUAUACAGGAAAUCUGAUUGAGUUAAACUCGUUUUGGAUAUUUAUUAUAGUAUUGAGUAUAAUUUGGGCAUCUAUGGCGGUAAUUUGGUCAACUCAAGAUUCUAUUUGCAUUGACAUUUUAGGAGAAAAUACUAAAGAUUUUGGAAAGCAGCGAGCUUGGGGUUCGUUAGGUUGGGGCCUGGCAUCUAUAAUUGGAGGGUUACUCGUGGACCACUUUAGUGGGAAUAAAGAAGAAAAAAAUUAUGCAUCCAUUUAUUAUUGGGGAGUGAUAUUAAUUUUUUUCAAUUUUUUAGUAGCUUAUAACUUGAAAGUUGUAGAGAUUAAAAAAUCAGGACAAACGUUUAAACAUAUUUUAAAAACAUGUAAGAAAGUUUAUGUACUAACAUUUUUUUUUUGGGUUACAUGUUUAGGCAUAUUUAGUGCAAUUCUUUGGAAUUUUUUAUUUUGGUAUCUUGAAGAUAUAGUCAAAGUGAAUGAUACCAAUCAAAUUUGGAUUAAAACUAUUCAAGGAAUGGCGAUGGGAAUCCAAUGUUUAGGUGGAGAAGUUCCAUUUAUUUUUUUGUCAGGUGGAUUGAUAAAACGCUUAGGACACAGAAAUUGUAUGUCUUUGGUGUUGUUUACAUUUGCAAUUCGAUUUUUUUUGUAUUCAAUUCUAACCAAUCCAAUUUGGGUUUUACCAAUCGAGAUUUUAAAUGGUAUUACAUUUGGGCUCGCAUAUCCAAUUAUAAUAUCGUAUGUUAAUCAAAUUGCUCUUCCAAAUACAAUGAAUACACUUAUUGGAUUUUCACAAGGACUUUUUGACGGAAUUGGUGCAUCUUUGGGAGGUUUACUUGGAGGAUAUCUUUACGAAAUUUAUGGUGGUUCAAACACAUUCCGGUUAUUUUCAUAUGGAUCUCUAUCUUUGGGCAUUUUACAUGUUCUAUAUACUACAAUUGGUAAGCCCGAAGUUUAAAUAAGAGAUCUAUGAAAUUGAAUAUUAAUUUAAAUAAAUGCUUUAUUGAAGAUUUCGUUAGCUUUUAAAAAAACAGUUACAGUUAAGGUGUAUCAUCAUUUUAUUUUUAACCUUGUUUACUAAAUAAUAUUUUUAAAGGACAAUAAAUUCCAAACAAUAUUA